AUGCAAUCUAUGCUGCAUAUUGAAAAUGUGUGGAAUUGUAAGGAACUCUUCGAGUACUUCCCAGAGAACUUUGGAACUUGCGAAGUGGCUGAGUCUCCCCUGUCUCUGCUCACGGUUGGGUUACCCGCUAAAUCGGGCACAUCGGGAGUGAUCAUGGUGGCCGUUCCGAACGUGAUGGGUCUCUGCGUGUAUUCCCCUCUCCUCGACAACCAUCGCAACUCCGUCCGAGGGCUCCAGUUCUGCAAAGUGAAUGCCAGCCUGGCUGAAUCCUCUCGAAUGAAUCAUUUUCACAGGAUGGUGGAAGUGUACAACUUCCAUCAUUACGACUGCAGCAUGAAGCAUGGCCGUCAGAAGGAAGACCCUCGGCAUUCCCGAGUGGAAGAAAAGGCGGAAGAAGUGGUCGGGCUUCUCUUCAGUGCUGCUUCAGGCGAUGCCACUGCCAUGAGGAGGUACCACCUGAUAGGGAUGGAUAUGGAACUGAAAGACUACGACGGACGGACUGCCCUUCAUCUGUCAGCUGCCGAGGGGCAUCUGGAAUGCGUGGAUUAUCUCCUCAAUGUCUGCCACGUCUCCCCCUUCGCUCGAGACAGGAUCACUGUACUCAUGUCACCCAUUGUUUCCUGCACGGGGUGGAAGAAAACAGCUGCGGUGGGUGCCCAGGGCAAGAGAGCUAUCGAUUCUGCCCUGCCUCGCCUUAGGAUGGAAUCGGGAAUAUGGAUCUGUAACACAGGUAUACUACUUCCCAAUAAGAGGCACAGAUCCGAUGACAUGACCGUCUCAUGUGAACUCCUGGAAACAUGGGGACACACGGCCAAGGACGAUGCGAAGAUCUUCGGACACAACGACGUCGCCGCCAUGAUCGAGCAAGCCGAAAAGUGCAAGGGACACUUCAUGCAGAAAAUGGAAAACGUGAGCCUCAAGAACUAGUAAUACUGGAUAACUGAAUAAUAAUAAAAAGGAAGCUAAAAAAAAAGGUAGGAA